AGGCACAGGCAGCCUGCAUAUACUCCUUUUCCUGGUGUCAACAUUAUUUAAAAGCAUGGGAAAUAAUGAGACAUUGUCUUCUUCAUUAGAACCUUGGGAAUCUGCUAGAUUUCUUCAUCUCUAUUUGUUGUAUUAGUAGCCAAACUGUGCAAAAACAUGGUCUUGAGAAAUGAUAGCACUUAGAGGGAAAGGAAAUGUAGGAUGUCAGUGUGGGGACAAAUUUCUGAUUGCCAGUGACUGUUGUGAGCAUAACAAUAAUUUCAUGAAUAUUAAAUCCUCUGUUGAUGGCAGCUGCAGUUGUAAACGAAAAAAAAAAGGUCCUGAUCAUUUAAAACCACACUGGUGUAUAUCAUAAUCAAAGUAAACAUAAGAAAAAAAUUUAAACUUUGCCAAAACAACAACAACAACAACAACAAAAAAGAAGCAGCAGCUGAUCUUUAGGAAGGCACGCGGUUGCUUAUUAUGAAUCAUUCCUAGAGUCCAGUGCAUUUUCAAAGCCGGUUACAGUCAUUACAAAGUACACCCUUGUGAGGUAAGUGUAUCAUCACCUUUGCUUCAUAAAUAAAAAAGCUGAGGCGCCGAACCACUAAGUCACUCGCCUAAGGAGAAUGAGUCAAUGUCAAGAGGCAUAGCUGACCCGGCCUAACGACUCCAGACUAUCAGUCCAGGGCUUAGUCAGCGGGGCCCGGAGUGGCUUCCCUGGCUGGCACCUGGACUUAGGCUAUUUCUGUGCACGUUAAAGCAGAAUAUUGGAACGGUUGCGCAGAACUUCCAAGUAAUUUUUACUGCCACCCAAGAUUUAGCCCUGAGGUCUUAAUCUCAGGAUUUGGGACAGUAAAAGCUGUCGUCCCCUCCCCCUCAUCCAGCCGGUGGCAAGCGGGUACUGCGAGCGGUUCCGUCCGUCCCCUUUCGCAGAAAUGGCAACGAAUGACCACCAGCAUUAGCGGAGUCGGGGGACGUGGGAGGGUUGAUUGCCUAAAGGACUCUGCAUCGCCGCCUCUUUUUGAAACUAAGAGAAAAUGGUGGGAGGUCAAAAGAAAACUAAAUAAACACACAGGCAACUUGUCCUGGGACCUCAACUAAGCAAAUGAAGCCUUAUUGUGUGUGCUGAGCCUGCAGUUCCCAACCUUCCGGGGAAGAUGGGAGGACAGGGCGACAAAGGGCACAGUAGGCAUGCCUGGCAGUAAGUGUGACCGCAGCUAUCCAGGAGGAAGAGCAGAGGACUGAAACCACCCUCCAGCAAGCGAGCGUCCGCCGCGUUGAGAACCGCGCACCCUACCCAUCAGCCACGUGACCGGUCCUUUUUAAAAAAAAUUUGCCUUAAAAAAAAAAAAAAAAAGGUGGGGGAGAGACUCCACUUCCCAGAAGCCUCUCGUUACACACGCAGCCGCAGUCUUGCGCAGGCGCCGCCAGGGCCAAACGGACACGUUCAUCACGUGGUCAGUAGCUGGCCAAUCCGGUUUGAAUCUCAUUUUUUUCCUCUUACCCCCCCUUCUGGAGCGGUUGUGCGAUCAGAUCGAUCUAAGAUGGCGACUGUCGAACCGGAAACCACCCCUACUCCUAAUCCCCAGACUACGGAAGAGGAGAAAACGGAAUCUAAUCAGGAGGUUGCUAACCCAGAACACUAUAUUAAACAUCCUCUACAGAACAGAUGGGCACUCUGGUUUUUUAAAAAUGAUAAAAGCAAAACUUGGCAAGCAAACCUGCGGCUGAUCUCUAAGUUUGAUACUGUUGAAGACUUUUGGGCUCUGUACAACCAUAUCCAGUUGUCUAGUAAUUUAAUGCCUGGCUGUGACUACUCACUUUUUAAGGAUGGUAUUGAGCCUAUGUGGGAAGAUGAGAAAAACAAACGGGGAGGACGAUGGCUAAUUACAUUGAACAAACAGCAGAGACGAAGUGACCUUGAUCGCUUUUGGCUAGAGACACUGCUGUGCCUUAUUGGAGAAUCUUUUGAUGACUACAGUGAUGAUGUAUGUGGCGCUGUUGUUAAUGUUAGAGCUAAAGGUGAUAAGAUAGCAAUAUGGACUACUGAAUGUGAAAACAGAGAAGCUGUUACACAUAUAGGGAGGGUAUACAAGGAAAGGUUAGGACUUCCUCCAAAGAUAGUGAUUGGUUAUCAGUCCCACGCAGACACAGCUACUAAGAGCGGCUCCACCACUAAAAAUAGGUUUGUUGUUUAAGAAGACACCUUCUGAGUAUUCUCAUAGGAGACUGCGUCAAGCAAUCGAGAUUUGGGAGCUGAACCAAAGCCUCUUCAAAAAGCAGAGUGGACUGCAUUUAAAUUUGAUUUCCAUCUAAAUGUUACUAAGAUAUAAGAGAAGUCUCAUUCGCCUUUGUCUUGUACUUCUGUGUUCAUUUUUUUUUUUUUUUUUUUUUGGCUAAAGUUUCCACUAUCCCAAUCAAAGAAUUACAGUACACAUCCUCAGAAUCCAUAAAUGUGUUCCUGGCCCACUCUGUAAUACUUCAGUAGAAUUACCAUUAAUUACAUACAGAUUUUAUCUAUCCACAAUAGUCAAAAAACAACUUGGCAUUACUAUACUUUACAGGAAAGAAAAUUCUGUUGUUCUAUUGUAUGCAGGAGCAUAUUUUGCUGGUUUGAAAGAUUAUGAUGCAUACAGUUUUCUAGCAAUUUUCUUUGUUUCUUUUUACAGCAUUGUCUUUGCUGUACUACCGAUCCACAAUAGUCAAAAGACAACUUGGCAUUACUGUACUUUACAGGAAAGAAAAUUCUGUUGUUCCAUUGUAUGCAGGAGCAUAUUUUGCUGGUUUGAAAGAUUAUGAUGCAUACAGUUUUCUAGCAAUUUUCUUUGUUUCUUUUUACAGCAUUGUCUUUGCUGUACUCUUGCUGAUGGCUGCUAGAUUUUAAUUUAUUUGUUUCCCUACUUGAUAAUAUUAGUGAUUCUGAUUUCAGUUUUUCAUUUGUUUUGCUUUUGUUUUUUUCCUCAUGUAACAUUGGUGAAGGAUUCAGGAAUAUGACACAAAGGUGGAAUAAACAUUAAUUUUGUGCAUUCUUUGGUAAUUUUUUUUGUUUUUUGUAACUGCAAAGCUUUGCUACAAAUUUAUGCAUUUCAUUCAAAUCAGUGAUCUAUGUUUGUGUGAUUUCCUAAACAUAAUUGUGGAUUAUAAAAAAUGUAACAUCAUAAUUACAUUCCUAACUAGAAUUAGUAUGUCUGUUUUUGUAUCUUUAUGCUGUAUUUUAACACUUUGUAUUACUUAGGUUAUUUUGCUUUGGUUGAAAAUGGCUCAAGUAGAAAAGCAGUCCCAUUCAUAUUAAGACAGUGUACAAAACUGUAAAUAAAAUGUGUACAGUGAAUUGUCUUUUAGACAACUAGAUUUGUCCUUUUAUUUCUCCAUCUUUAUAGAAGGAAUUUGUACUUCUUAUUGCAAGGCAGUCUCUAUAUUAUGUCUUCUUUUGUGGUGUCUUCCAUGUGAACAGAAUAAGUUUGGAGCACUAGUUUGAUUAUUAUGUUUAUUACAAUUUUUAAUAAAUUGAAUAGGUAGUAUAUAUAUGGAAUUAAAUUGAUGUGGCUAUCUUUGUUUUUUAUAAAGUAAGGCACAGUCCUUCAGUCUUAGGUAAAUAAUGUACUCUCUUAAUAUGUUAAUACUCAUGAGAAUUGGGAUCUGAUGCAUCACCAUUUGAUUGGUAGCAACAGUGGUUGUAAAACUUGGUUGCUGAAUUGAGUUGUUUUUAUGUAAGUGUCAAAAUGAUAGUGUAGGGAAAGUACAGGUGGUGGGAACAUAAUGCAUUAAGAAUUUUGUUAGUAUUGCAAUCUAAAUAGAAUGGAAUAAACAGGUAUUAAGACAUAUUUAUAGUGGUAAAUUGUUGUAGUAUGGUAUUCUGUAAACUUGAAAACUUGAUCUACUCUUUGUAGGUAUCAUUUGAAAGCAAACUUGAAAAUGUUUUGUACAUAGUACAUACUUGUAUAGUCCUGUGAAAUGAAGUAUGGCUAUCAGACCAAAGGAUAAGCCAAACUGUAGGUAGCAGAAUGGAAAUUAUUAGUUUGAGAGGAAAAUUUUGUCUUUUAAUCAUUUUAAAACUGAUAAACUUGACAAAAACCCUGUAUGAAAUAAACAUGAAAUUAAUAGCA